AUGAAAGUAGCAACGCUGCAGUUUGCCCCUCGUUUGGGCGAUGUCGAUGGGAAUAUUAAGAGAGCCAAUGAACUUCUCAAGAACGGGAAGGUAGUGCGGGGCGUUGGCAUUGGGGUUGGACUUGAUCUCCUGAAGCCGGAUGUUUUGAUUUUGCCCGAGUUGGCCUUGACGGGAUACAACUUCCCCUCGUUGGAGGCUAUAAGACCCUUCCUUGAGCCCGUUGGACAAGGUCCUUCCGCGCAGUGGGCUCGAGAAACGGCAAAAUGCUUCAAUUGCAAAGUCUGCGUGGGCUAUCCGGAAGUCUACCGAGGAGAUGAUGCCCAGCAGGCUGAUUCAUCUAACCCCACAGAGACUUGCUACAACUCCCUUCUGGUGGUGGACGAAACCGGUGAUAUCAUCCUAAACUACCGUAAAUCGUUCUUAUACUACACGGAUGAGACGUGGGCGGCUGAGGGCAACCCUCAGCAAGGCUACCACCAGCUCUCCUUCCCAAACUCGAGUCAAAGCUCGGUGGAGUCCCAGAUAGCUACCUCUUUCGGCAUCUGUAUGGACAUCAACCCAUACCGGUUCGAGGCUCCCUUUACUGCCUGGGAAUUUGCUAAUCGGGUCUUGGAUACGAACUCUGAGCUGGUCAUACUUUCUAUGGCUUGGCUGACCUUGUUGGAGCGGAACGAGCUCGACUCACUCGGUGAUGAGCCGGACUUAGACACUUUCAAUUACUGGAUCCAGCGGUUCAUGCCGCUUAUCAGGAAGAAGAUGGGCCAUGAGACCAACUUCGAUGGCGAUGAUGCUAGUCACGGAAAGAAGAUUAUCAUUGUGUUUGCCAACAGAGCCGGAGAAGAACCGGGUGCGGAAGGGACAAACCCAGCUCGGUACGCGGGCACGAGUGCUAUCGUAGCAAUCACACAGAAACCAACAAUCCGUACAUGGAGUAAGGAAACUUCUAUUGAAGAAGGAGAUCCUGGUGCCGAUACAGAUGCCGCUGAGACAGAUGCACCGUCAUUUGAUACGAAAAUUCUAUGUUGGGAUAUGAUGGGUGCGACGACGGAAGGUAUAUGUUUUGCCGACACUACGGCAGACCCCAGCAUGGUGUUUGGAUUGGUCAAAGCUUCAAAAUGA